CAGUCGCUCGGGAGCACGGGACCCUCAUUGGAUCUCCCGAUAGCUCCGAGCACUAAACCUAAAAAAACAUUAACUCUCGCAACCCAAUCUAAAGAUCGGGUCUAAGUAAACACUUGUCACAUUUACAACCGAUAGGCUUUUCUACUGUUCGGAACGUCAGUCGAUAAGAUAUACUCUACGAGCUAACAACUCAAUCGGUAUGAAAAUGUGAGUAGUGUUGUCGAGGUAUGGCCAAGUUGAACGACGUCGCGAAAAAGUAUUCCGAAGACGACAUGAUGGAGGCGGAAAGUGAAGAGGAGCUCGGCAAGAUAGGGCGCAUUAUGGUUUGGUUGCGCAUCAAUCCGAACCUGAUUAUGUUGAAAGUGACUCUUUUUGUGAUGUACGGAGCCACAGCUUCUCUUUUGCCGUACUUGACGAUACAUAUGCAAAGUAUAGGACUCACAGUGCCUGAGAUUUCUUUUGUGUAUUUAGCUUUGCCAUUUACUACUUUUUUAAGCCCCCCAAUAACAGGAUUUCUAGUGGAUCGUUUUGGAGAGUACAAGCCUGUUGUGAUUACUGCCUUGAUUCUUAACGCCGCAUUUCAUCAUUCAUUGCUCCUGAUCCCGCAUCAGGAAACUCCGGGCGUGAUGCCGUCGGCAUACGUUAUGCGACAUCCGAUCACAAAUAGUGUUGAGAUAUGGUGGAGUCCUUGUCCUAGUAGAGAAUGUCCCGACGAGGACGAAACGGUGGAUUUUGUACUGGAUCGAUGUGUGGAUCAUUGUCAUUUGUUCAGACCUACAGAGAGCCCGGCUAGUGAUCCAGCAGAUGAUAAAGACGAUCUUGACUUUCAUAUCAGUCAUAAAAUACAGCCUCCAAAUUUAUCCAAUAGCAGUCACCAAAACAUGACUGAAGAUGAAGAUUAUAAUGAUGCAGCUUUCUUUUUGAUAGAAGUGCAUGACGAUUUGGGUGAACCAAAAGAACAACUUGGUAUAGAAAUGGAACGGGAUGACGAUGACCAAGUAACAGAUUUUAGAUCAAGAUUCGGCGAGAAACUUUUAAUAGCACAAGGUGUAAAUAUAACUGCAUUAGAUAAAGAAGAUUUGAGAUGCGGUGGUCUUGUUAUGGUGCAUAAUAUGACUAAACUCUCCCAGCAGCGUUUGGAAAUAUUAUCAGCUGAUUGUAUGGUUCAGAAAUGUGAUUUCAGAAGAGGCGGUCCCGAUAUAUGCCCACCGGAUUACAAGGAAAGUGACGAUAAGACUUUCUAUAUUUAUUUUUUCUUAAGAUUUAUGGGAACUAUAAUGUUGUCUGCUGGCGUUACUAUUAUGGAUCCUAUUGCUUUGACUAUGAUACAAAAGUAUGGUGGUGAUUUCGGUAGAGAGCGUUUAUUUUCUAGUAUUGGAAUGGCUAUAUUUUCACCUAUUACGGGCAUGCUCAUAGAUAUGAGAAGUAAACAAGUUGGUUACACCGAUUAUUCCGCUGCGUUCUAUACAUACGACGUGUUACUACUAGUAUCAGCAAUUACGGUUGCUGUAAUGCCUCUUGGCGCCAAAUUACCAGCGGAUAAUUUACUACGAGAUUUAGUGAAUAUAAUAAAAAUGCCACAUAUAAUUAUUUUUAUAUUUUUCCUAUUCGCAUUGGGAAACUUUUGGGGAUUCAUUGAAUCUUACCUCUUCAUAUAUUUGAAGGAGUUAGGAGCACCAAAUUUUUUAUUAGGUAUAACCGUGACAGUGGGCACACUGAGCAGCAUCCCGUUCCUGUACGGCGCUGAUGCCAUCACCGCCCGCAUCGGCCACGUCAACGUUAUCAUUGUCGCGUUCUUCUCCCACGCCGCUCGCCUCGUCGGAUACUCAUUUAUUGAAAAUUCUUGGUGGUGUUUCCCGUUCGAAGCUAUGGAGUCUCUGUCGGUACAUUUGAUGUGGGUGGCUGCUGCAACCUAUUGCGCUAUGUUAGCUCCGAAAAGCCUUCUGGCCACACUCAUAGGUGUAUUGGGAAUGGCACAUUUUAGUCUUGGAAGGGGUAGCGGCAGUUUUGGUGGAGGUCUCCUGAUAGCCUCUUUAGGCACAAGGGAAGCGUUCCGGUACAUGGGACUCAUUGCAUUCCUCGGAGGGAUUCUAUACGGCCUAUUGCAUUAUUUCUGGCUUAGGAAUAUAAACAUGAAAGGAAUUGAAGAGUCCAGUGAUCCGGACACAGAAAGCGGCGAAGGCGACAAAUUGAAUGGGGAGCCAUUGCGCAAGGACGCUGAGACGAUGAUCUCCUUGGAGAGGUUGCAUAUGAUUACACGGUAUAAUCCGCUGGGAUCUCUCCACUCUUUGCCCAGAGGUUCACGCUCAAGAUUCUCCCAAGGCGAUAUAAAUGAACAUUGUAGAAGUCGGAGCGGCAGUAACAGUCAGCGACGAGGGAGUAACUACGAAGGUUCCGCCUCUAAAGUCGAUCUCCUACGUUCAGCGUUGGAGAUCAGCCAUCAGAAUGCCAAGAGUCACAUUUCAAAUCCUGUACUAUCGAGUUCUCACAGGCCUGUGCAUUAUAAGCAAGCUCAGAGCGCACCAAAAUUGGUGCUGAUGGGUUUGGCACAACGAAAUAAUAUAUCUCAACCAGUGCUAUCAGAGUACGAUACUCGUCGACGUGAUUCCAUACCGGAGGAAGCCGAGGAAGAUCGCUUAGUACCACCAACUAAAUUGCCAGCUAAGACCAAGAGUGACAACCUACCCCCACCUCCUACAUACGACGAGGCAACUGGUGAACACAGGAAAAGUUGGCAUUCCGACGACAGUGCACCCACUUAGGCGAAAAAAAAUAUAUAUAAUAUAUGAGAAUUGUAAAUAGUCAAUGUAGAAUUGAUUGGCUGAAACGAGACAAAUGCUUUUAAGAAAAAAAAAAAAAUCAACACGUUCCGCGUGUUAUCAGUUUAAGCGGAAAGCAUAUUUUGUAUAAGGCUUUAAUUUAUUUAAGUUGUAGAUAAAUGUAUUUUGUUUUAAUGUUGUUAUCCAAUUUGAAAUUGUUCUCUCGUAUGUCUGUUGUUUUUAUUAGUUAUAAUUUUCAUAUUAAAUUAAUGAACCCAGUCUUAUAUGACAUCGAUAUAUUUUUAAAAUCUUAAUUAUUUAUUAUAUAACAUAUUAUAAAAAGUAUAUUCUAUUGUAAAUAAUAUUUAAAAUUAUCGCGUCCAUUUUCAUAAGCGUUUGAUCGAAAAUAUAAAGGGAUCAAAGUAAAUAUGGUCAUGAAAAUGGGCACUUUUCCUUAUUAUUAAUAAAUGCAUAAAAUAUUA